AUGGCAGUAUCAGUCUCUCACGUCUCGUUCGAACACCAUGCUAGCGCCCUGGGAAUAGGGGAGACCGAGCCUCGAAUCUCAUGGCGAUUUGACGGUAAUGCGCCCAACUGGACCCAGAGCGGGUAUAGCAUCGAGGUAUCCCGGGGCGCAAAAGCCGAGCCAGAGCUAUUCGACUUCAACUCAUCCGACUCGGUUCUUGUGCCUUGGCCGACCGUCUCUCUAGCAUCUGCCGAAGCAGCCACUAUCAGGAUCCGGGCGUAUGGCGCGGGCGAUUCACCGCCUACAGAUUGGUCCGAUGCUUUCACCGUAGAAACCGGCCUGCUAAACGAGGAGGUGUGGGAAGGAGCCAUGAUGAUAGCCGCCGACAAGGAGACGGAAAAGGAUGCCCCUCAUCAGCCGGUACUGCUCCGAAAGGAGUUCCCUGUUGAGGAAGGUAUCGGAUCCGUGCGGCUUUACAUCACUUCCUACGGCUUGUACGAGGCGUACAUCAACGGCAAAAGGGUUGGCAACGCAGUCCUGGCUCCAGGCUGGCAGUCAUAUGAUCAUCGGCUUGUGUAUGAUACCUACGAUGUCACUCAUCUCCUUGACACUGGGACGAACGCGAUUGGCAUCCAAGUUGGCGAGGGUUGGUACUCUUCGCGCCUGGGAUGGAAUGGGGGCGAUAGAAAUAUCUGGGGAGAUACGCUUGGUGCGAUGGCAUUGCUGGUCAUCAAGAGCGCCGACGGGACGAAGCAGACUGUGUCUACCGAUUUGAGCUGGCAAUCUGGGAUAGGAGCGAUCCUCACGUCUGAGAUCUAUGAUGGUGAAAAUUAUGACGCAAGACUUGAGCAGCCAGGCUGGGCUACCACUGAAUUUGACCCUUCAGAUUGGAUUGGGGUCAAGAAACUCGAAGCGCCAUACAAACGACUUGUUGCUCCAGAUGGCCCCCCUAUUCGUCGAAUGGAAGAAGUCGAAUUGCAAGAGAUAUUCACGAGCGCUUCCGGGAAGACGAUUCUGGAUUUUGGACAGAAUUUGGUUGGUUGGCUUCGAUUGAAAGUGGAUGGACCGGAAGGACAGUCAAUCCGUAUGGUACACACUGAAGUCCUCGAGAACGGCGAAGUGGCCACUCGGCCCCUGAGAAACGCCACGCAGACAGACACCCUGACCCUCGCGGGCAAAGGGGUCCAGACCUGGGAGCCUGCCUUCACAUAUCACGGGUUCAGAUACGUCCAGGUCGACGGGUGGCCCACGGACAGCACACCACUAGACAAUAAUGCUGUCACUGCCAUUGUGGUACAUUCCGACAUGCAAGAAACUGGCUCCUUCGAGUGCUCCAAUGCAUUGCUGAACAAGCUGCAUCAGAACGUGAGAUGGUCGAUGAAGGGGAACUUCAUGAGCAUCCCGACCGACUGUCCCCAGCGAGACGAAAGACUUGGCUGGACCGGAGAUGCGCAUGCCUUUUCCCCGACCGCGAAUUUCCUCUAUGACACAUCAGGCUUCUGGAGGGGUUGGAUGAAAGAUGUUUCAUCGGAGCAAAUGGCGAACCAAAGCAUACCGCCGGUAAUCGUUCCAGUGAUCCCCGUCGUCUCAUCCGGAGGGACAACGCCAACGGCAGUCUGGGGUGACGUCGUAGUCGCCAACCCCUGGAACGCCUACAUCGCCUCGGGCGACCUCAUCGUUUUGCGUGAACAGUACAAGGGUGCCAAAGCAUGGCUAGACACUGGAAUUCCACGGAGCGAAGUCGGGUUGUGGAAUCACUCGUACUACCAGUACGGUGACUGGCUUGACCCCCUUUCACCACCUGAUGAUCCCGGUAAUGCAACCACGAGCAGCUCCCUGGUGUCUGAUGCCUACCUCGUCUACGUGACCAACCUCGUCGCGAAGAUGGCGUCCGCUCUGGGCCUCAAGGACGAUGCAGUGUACUAUAGCGACUGGGCGGCGAAGAUCAAAACCGCGUUCGGCAAUGCCUGGAUCAGCGCAGAUGGCAUGGUAGCCAACGAGACACAAACAGGCCUCACACUCCCAUUAUUCUUCGAUCUCUUUGCCAACGAUGAUCAUUCUGCCGCAGCAGCCGAGCGGCUCCAGAAAAUCAUCGCGGAUAAUGAAUACCUUGUCGGCACAGGGUUCGCCGGUACCCAUCUCCUCGGACUUACACUAACCAAUUACAACCUAACCUCAACCUUCUACCGCAUGAUCCUGCAAACGACCGUCCCAUCAUGGUUAUACCAAGUCGUCAUGAACGGCACGACGACAUGGGAGCGCUGGGACAGUAUGCUUGCCAACGGGACCGUGAAUCCGGGUUCGAUGACGUCGUUUAAUCAUUAUGCCUUUGGUUCUGUCGCAAAUUGGAUUCAUCAGGUUGUGGGAGGACUGGCGCCGGCUGAGCCGGGGUGGAAGACGGCCAAGGUAAAUGUAGUGCCGGGUGGGAAUAUCACCGAGGCGAAGGCGAGUUAUUUGAGUCCGUACGGGACGGUGUCGACGGAUUGGAAGGUGGAUCGGCAUGGAUUUCAGUUGAAACUAGUAGUGCCGCCAAAUAUGCAUGCUGAUGUCACGCUGCCGGGGAGUGAGAAAGUGAAGAGGGUUGGGAGUGGGAGGCAUGAGUUUAGUAUCCCGGGGUACAGAAUGGAGGGCUGA